AUGACGAUGGACAUCAAGCAGUCGCGCAUGAAUGUGAAGAUCACACCGUCGGCUUCGGAUCACCACGAGCACCAUCAGCUGCACCACGUGGCGAGCAAAAUGGCGGCGGCAGCUGCUGUGGCUGCGGCUGCAUCCGCCGCUGAUCGAAAACCACCCACUUCCGGUACCAAGCGGUCCUUUGACGUUGCUUUUCUGAUGCUACCGGAUGAGAAGCUGGCCGCGGCACGACAUGGCCGCACUCCCAAGCGACAGCCUCCACCGGCGCCUCCUUCACCAACCAUCGACGUCGAGAGUGACUCGACUCAGUCCGAGGAUCUCUCGCUAAAGGGUGGUUUUAGUCCGAUCCGAUCGCCUGACAACGAACGACCCUUUCAUUUGGACGUGUUGGCCGGUGUAACGGCGCGUCAUCCAAUGCCCUUGGCGCAUCACCACCAGCAUCAUCCUCAUCACCACCCCCAACACCACCCGGCCCUUGUGCACCAUCCCGCCCUCGUGCAUGCCCCGACAGGACCUCCGGGUGGUGAGGAACGACUCGCGUACCUGUUCGCUCCCGGGGCGCGUUUCUACGAGCAUCCUUUUGGGGCGUUUGGUCGUGGACAGGACGGUGUGGAGCCACCACGAAGCAGCGCCUUCCAGAAGGUGGCCACCACAGAAUCCCCACUUCCUCCGCUUAGCCCCGACCGGCACAGUUGCCCUUCAACUAGUCCGCCAGUUUCGCUAAGUCCAUCGGGUUCACAAACCGGUGGCUUUCGGCCGUAUGAAUAUGGCCCUUUUCUGUCACCCAGCCCAGGCAGCCCUCCAGCAGGACCACCCGGACCGAGUCCAAGAGCCAACUCGCCCGCCCCCAAACCUCAACCCGUCCUCCCGAUGCUAUACCGUGGCCAUCCACCAUCGGCGGAACCAACCGACGGUCCACCAACGCCCUAUUUCCCGGGUGUGCCACCCUUCGGACUUCCGCCCUUCGGUGCGGGUGGACCCACGAGCCACACCGCACCCGAGUCCGUGGACGGUAUCAUGCGCAACCCGGCCGCAGCGGCCAUCCUGUCCACGCUGCUGCCAUCCGCCAUGAGUACGUUCACGCUGUCGGCGCAAAACGUGUGCGCCAAGUGCAACAUUAGCUUCCGCAUGACGAGCGAUCUCGUGUAUCACAUGCGAUCGCACCACAAAAGCGAACACGUGCACGAUCACGCACGCCGGAAGCGCGAGGACAAGCUCAAGUGCCCGGUGUGCAAUGAGAGUUUCCGUGAGCGCCAUCACCUGACACGGCACAUGACCGCACACCAGGAUAAGGCGGGUGAUUUGCUCGAGAAGGCGACACCACCCGGGUCGGCCCAUAAGGGCUCACCGUCGGCGUCCUCUCGGCACCAGCAACACCACCACCAGCAGCAGCAA